AUGUCUCAAACAAGUCAUGCACAUGGUUCACAUGGUAAUAUUUCUGGUAAAGGUGGCCGUGCUCGAGAUGAUCCCAUCGGAACUGGUGGUAGCACAGCUGACGGCCAAUUGACUCAUCAAGAUCCUUUACAAGGUCUUGCUAAUACUAAUCAAACACCAGGCGCAAUUACCAAUCGUGGACAAACCGCACCGGAUAAUCAAGCCGAUUCCGAUUCGAAUAGCAAUUCUAAACAAUAA